AUGAGAAACUAUUUAAUGAGAAAUGCUUACAGGCAAGCAGUUCAAUUCUUUGGAACUGAACAUUAUAGGAAGGCAUUUCGUUGUACCCCUAUAAUCUCUAUCUUACAGGCUGACUAUAGGUCAAGAAGGAAUCCCAUAUCCUUGAGACUGUCUACAAUAGAAGAACUUCGUGAUGUUUUGAGAAUUAGAAAUAUAAACCCUAAUUCAAUUACGGAAUCAUUUUCCAGUAUUUCUACCAUUGAUUCUUCUUUUUUAGAGGAAUCCUUCUGGAGGUGUCUCGAUAACUACCAGUGCAUGGUUCCAUUACUACAGCAAUUUUCUUGGCUAAACUUGAGAAUUCAUCGUACAAUAACUGAAUUGGAGUCCCACCUUUCUUCUUUUUUCUUCCCUAAUCCCGACAUUUCUUUCGUUCUAUUGUUGUUCGAUGUUGACCAGGAGCAGAAACUAUGUAGAGAGCUGAAGUCGAUAUGUAGAAACUCAAUAAACGAUAUCAAAGUGAAAAUUGAUAUAGCAAAAUCAACAAUCAAAAAUGAAAGAAAAGAUAGAGGAAUCCCGUCAAUUAAGGCAAAACUAACGAAGUAUAAAGUUGAUAUCUUAAAUAUAAGUAACAAAGGAAGAGAGUCAAUAAGAGUAAUCGAAAAUCAUCUAAGUAAGAAGAAAGAGUAUAUAAUGAGAAAAGAAGAAUUGAUUAAAAAUAACACGUCGAAAAAGAACCUAGAAGAAUUCAAAGAAUACAUAGAAGAGUUGAUCAAAAAAGUAGAAAAAUUCUCAAAAAACAAAAAGAAGGAUUUAGUUGAAAAUUUUUAA